AGAAUUUUGCUGAUGCUGACUCUGCACCCUUUUGGUGGCUCUGUUGACAAACAGUUUAGUGAACAUAACCUCUUUCCUUUCCUUCUCAUCCACUCAACCUCUGCUGUCACACAUACACACACACAGAUUCAGGCCGGAUGUACAUUUGAUCGCUACACCAAUCUUCCCAUUUUACAAUGCUAAUGAUGUCUCUAGUGUGAAGACAAAAUCUUUCUUUUACUUUAAUUACAAGGACAACCUUCUAGAUGUUUAUGACCAAUAGCCUCCAGAGGGUCCAUUUACUUCUUGAAUUAAAUCAUAAUGUCUUAAAAUGUCUUGAUAAUGAAUUACAAAAUAGUAAUUACAGUAGGCAAAGGUUAACUAAUUUUGCAGGGGAAAGAAUGUUGUUACACCAGUGGUAGACAGACACGCAUGCUAUAUUAAACUGUUUUUUUUUAAACACUGCUGUAAUACCAGUGGUAGCCACAGCGUUCAGCCUGCCGGCUUAAUUAACCACACCUGGUGGCGCAUUGAUGGCUGGGCUCCCCAGUCCCCAAAGACAGCCAACGGCCCAUUUCAAGUUGAACGUAAAUAGCAAACAUCACCAUAAAUUCACUCCAGAUUAAUUUAGGUCUACCAUAUAGAUUAACAACAACAAUGUCGACCGAGACUUCAGAGGAAGCUAAAGUUCAGGAUGACCAAACCCAAAGAGUUGUGGCUGCAUCGGCGGCGGCAGCAGCAAGUGACGCCGUCCGUAUCCAGAUCUGCACCACCGGACAAACGAGCGUCCACCAACCUCCCGUAUUUACGACUGCACGACCCACACCUGUUCGCCACAGCAUUGUCGGCAGCACAGGUCAAAGGUUGGUUAGUGUUGUCCCACAGGCAUCCUCCUCGUCAGUACUGGUGGUAGCUAAAGUGCCAACCUCAGGGUUAUGUGCAACUGGGCAGCCUUUGCAUUUGACCAGACCAUCCUCUGCAACUGCUGUAAGUAUUAAGACUCCUGCCCCUGGAAGGAUAGUGGUGAUGGCUGUUCCAAAGGCCACAGUUCCCCAACCUCUAGCUCCCCGUCCACCACAGACAUCCUCCACGCAGCUUCCAGCAAAUUUUCAGAUCCCACCAGGCAUGGUGCUGAUCCGUAGCGACAGCGGUCAGCUCAUGUUGGUAUCACAGCAGACACUGGCCCAGGCUCAGGGCCAGCAGGCGCAGAAGGCCAUCAGUGUCCCAGCACCAAGAUUACCAGCCUCCAGAUUACCAUCACCAAUGGUCACGACAGCACCAGCUAAAAAGCCUGAUAAGCUUAUGGUGAUCAGAGUUUCCGCUCCACCGACCGCCGGAACCUCAACAUCAGCAGCCGUAGCCGGCAUGAUGAAGACAACCGUGCUGAACAGGGAAGCUCCCAAACCGGUGGUAGUCCAGACACUCAACACUGUGAUCGGUCAGGGUGCUCAGCCUCGCAGCCAGGCAGGGAUCAAACCAGCCCCCAGCAGCAACCAGCCAAUGUUCACCAUUACACAGGAGACUCUGGAGAAUGUGAAAAAGUGCAAGAACUUCCUGGUGACUCUGAUCAAGCUUGCGUCCAGCGGCAGCCAGUCCCCUGACAUGGCCACCAACGUCAAGGCCCUUGUGCGCUCCCUGCUCGAUGGAAGCCUUGAACCCGAGGAGUUCACAAAUAAGCUGUAUGUGCAGCUGAAGUCUACUCCCCAGCCAUACCUGGUGCCUUUCCUCAAGAAAAGUCUCCCGGCAGUCCGUCACCUGACCGCAGACCCCCAGCACUUCAUCCAGCAGGCGGGCCAGCCCAAGCCACAGCUAGCCACCCCCUCCAAGCCCCCUCUGGCUCCUCCCUCAGCCGCUCCAAAGCCAUCUGGUACCCUCACAGGAAUCAGGCCCACCCUGAAACAUGUGGUCCUGAACAAAUAUCCCACCGGAGGAGUUCCAGCUGGACCUACAGCCACCGGCCCCAGUACCUUGCUGAGAACGGGUUCAUCUGAGGGCAGUAGGACCACACAAAGAGGCGUGGUUGUUCUGUCAGGACAACAUCAAGGCGCUUUUUCUUUUAAAAGGCCUUCAGUUCCACAACAACAACCCACCUCUAAAUAUGCUUUCAAGGAAACUUCUUACAAGGAAGACGACGACAUCAAUGACGUGGCCUCCAUGGCCGGGGUCAACCUGAAGGAGGAGAGCGUGAGGAUCCUUGCCGGAGGCGGCAUCGUGAUUGGCUCCGUGGUGCGCUCCUGCCCGGACACGCCCUUCCUGUACACCGGGGCACUGCACGCCCGCAUCCUCCGCACAGGUGCUACGUUGUCCUGUCCAGGAGAAUCCCUGGGGGUGAGCGAGGCCAGGCCGGAGGUGGUCACUCUGGUGUCCAACGCCACUCAGGAGUUCCUGCGGGACCUACUUGAGAAGCUUUCCUUGGUGGCAGAGCACCGCAAGAAUUCAGUUAAGGAGGAUCAACGCCAUACACAGGUGACGGACGUCCGUGCUCAGCUCCACUUCCUGGAACAAGUGGAGGUUUUAAAGAGGCGACGACAGGAAGAGGAGCUGAGGGAGACUCUGCUGCGUCUGGCUCGGCGGCGCUCCAACUGUGAGGAUCCAGAGCAGCAGCAACUGCGGCAGAGGGCCAAAGAGAUGCAGCAGGCCGAGCAGGCUCUGCUGCAGCACAGAGAGGCUAACCUCACAGCCCUGGCUGCCAUCGGGCCCCGCAAGAGGAGGCCCCUGGACUCUACAGGAAGUGUGGUGUCCGUAUUGGCCAAGAGUGUGGUGACGAGGGUGACAAUGAGGGACUUGCUGUUGGUCAUGGAGGAAGAUCGCCGAAUGCGACACUCCCUGACCCUGUACAAGGCUCUAAUGAGAUAAUCCCUUCUGUAACUUUAGUUACUUUUUCAGAAGUUUGGUUGUCCACUUUUUUUACUUUAAUUGAUCUGUUCUUUGCAGUGUGCACUGCAAUAUUUAUUUAUAUAUUAACUAUUUAUUUAUUUCAAAUUUUGUACUAUGACAAAAAAAUACACUUUGUGUUUAACUGUAUUUAUUGUGCCAAAAUAAGGCGUUGAUUUAUGUUUGUAUGAUGGCCUUGUCUGUUGAUUGACAUGUGGUAGUUAUUAUUAAGUUAGAGGAGAUAUUAACCUGCACCUCCAUUAAAAAAAUAAAUAAAAAAAAGAGGAACUGUGUGUCUGGUGUGGGGGGAAGGCCUGAGGCCUUUAACAGGAACUAAACAUGGACAAACGUAAUUGAUCUCACAAACUACUCUUAAGCAUAGGCAUCACUAUGGGAUAAAAAAUUGAUCAUUUGUGUCUUCAAAAUGGCUUAUGGGGCUAAAUGCUGGAGUCAAUUUGAAUUGAGAAUACUUUGCUGGGUUCGUUCGAUGACCAAAAUACCCUGUUUCUAGCAAAUGCUUGGAUACGGCUAAAGUACAAUAGCACUUUAGCUUUAUUUAUAUGAAUGACUUCUACAUAUGUUUAUGUUCCCAUUUGCUCUGAUGAACUGAGGGCAUGGGAAAAGCAAUAAGGUUUAUGUCUUGCAUUUCAAGUAGCAUUUUAUUAUUCCACUUUGCGGGCAGACAGACGCAAGCUUAUUUUGCUGAAACUUAUUUCUAAAAACUGAAAGAUGGCCAAAACACAUUUGUUCAAUGUAUUUUUUACAAAUUCAGGCCAGAUCUGAAGUUACUUGCCUAAUAGGGUUCAACAUUCACUUUGAUUCAAUAAAGCAGGGUGGAUGCACAUCAUUCUUUAUGUGCACUAAAAAUGCACUAAAUGUAAAAAUGGUUUGUAUUAUAAUAUUAGUCUUACAAAUUUCCGUGGCAAAGAAUACAGUCGGUUGAAUAUUGAAAACCAAUACAGUCGUUGAAUAAUGAAAACUUUCUUUACUAGUCAUGCCUCAUUAAUUCUCAUUGAGAGUAAUCCUGCAGUUUUAAUCUGGGAGAAAAACCAACUGUGGGGUUGGUGGGA